AGGAUCGACCUUUCUCCCCCGCAGUCCAUCGCACCUCCCGUGCUUGGCCCUUUUCUGUUUCAUCGACAAAACUUAUUCCUUGAGUUUUGAAUAGGGAUAUUGUAUAUUCAGGAACCAAAAUUACCGCUAGAGAUGGCGAAUGCCUUGAUUUUUGCAGCACGAGAUGGGGAUGUCACGGAGGUGCGAUGGCGGCUCGAAGCCAAAGCUACUCUAGCUACCUACGCAGAUAGUCACGGGCAGACAGCCCUGAUGUGGGCUGCGGUUCAGGGGCACACCGAGGUGGCGCGCUGUCUAUUGGAUUUCGGGGCAGCUCUAGACGGAACGGAAUGGGAAAUGGGGCGCACCGCCUUGUACAUGGCAGCAGGGCGGGGCCACGUGACUUUCGUUGAACUCCUCCUCUCGAGAGGGGCCAACCCUAGCCUACGCCGUA